CCCAACAUCCCAAGUACCGCAACAUCCAAGCUCUCUCCGCCCCAGCUCGUUCCACUCCAGCUCAGGCACGACUAACUAUGGAUCCCUAUUAUGGAUACAGCACAGGGCUGUCGAUCUUUUUGCACCGAAAGUUCAGUCCAGGCCGUCCGUCUGCCGAAGCGAUGGUCGCCCCAUGCCGCCGUCAGCAUUUGAGGUUGCGGGCACAACAUGCUCGUGCAAUGUCAGGCGACCAACAGGAGGCUCCGGGUUAUCACGUCCAACAAUGCUCUCUCUCUACAAAGUACAUACAGACUUACAUCCGUUAAUCCGGGACACCCUCCAUCAGUUGACCUGUGAGCAAAGAGUCAGAGCGAGUGUUGGUUGCUGGUCGCGCAUCCGUUCCAUCCCAUCCACUUCAGAGAACACACACCUUUUAUCAGGCUGCAGCCAGACCUCCACCAACACCAAAGUCCGGGCAAAACGGCGCCGACUUAGCUUUGAGUCCAAUACCUGUCCAGGUACCCGAAAGCAAAGAUACGAGUGGAUGUCGCACGCUAGUAAUUGCUUCCGUCUUGCUUUAGUUACGGUUAUGAUUAGAUCCGUGGACUUGUUUAGUCCGCGAUCGUGGAUGUUGCACGAAUACUCGUCCCAAGAGCCCAGCAAGUGAGGGGAGCUUACCACAGCACGACGGAAUUUAUUCAUGUCUCCGAUCCUUUUAGGGCUGGCUGAACUGACCGGUGGCGAACACAAUGCAGCACGAAGCACCCUCCACUCCGACUGAUUGAGGCAGCUCGCUUCUCUUGGCCCGCUCUCGGUGGCGAAAAACCAUCAAGCUUCAACCAGCCAUGGCUCUUCGUUUCUCU